AUGUCUUCUCUCUUGAGAGAGGAAAUGCAGAGAGUUUUAUUCCGACCUGCGAAGCACAGACUGGUGGAGUUUAUUGAGAUCGAAGAAGAAUCACCUGGGAGGCAUUUUCUCUGUGUCUCAGUCGGAUCAAAGAAACUGGUGCAGUUGAGCAUCGUGCAAUGCCAGGUGUUUGUCAUGUCCCAUAAAUCUGGCUCCAAGAGGUCGCACACCAAACGGUCCAACCUCCAGGACUGCUACAAAAAGGUAGAGAUCUGGCCCCUGCAAGACCUGACCCUCGUUGACGGACGAGACCCUGAUGUGGAUGACCCCUGUUUUCUGCUGCACUUUGAAACGGUGCGUUCAGUGACAGCUGUCAGCUGCUCGGCCAAAUACACCAUGGUGCGCGCCCUGGUCGCCCUCAGCGACCGGUACUGUCAUCAAUCCCUGAAUCUGCAGAACUUUGAUCAUGCUUACAUCAAACCUACCACCUACUACUCCAACAGAGGAGACUGUGUCGUUCUGUCGCAGAUCUGCUUCUACGCCUUCAAUCUGGUGUGUCUGUCCUUGUGUCCUGUGCCCAUGGAUGUUUAA